AUGCGCUUUCCAACACUUCCUAUCCCACACAAUGCAGUGGUUUACACAGGAAAGAACCCCAUCACCGGAAGUCAUGGACAGGAGCAGUAUUUCCUUGAAGUGGUGAUGUGGAUCAACAUGUGUGUCUGCCUUCCUUUGACUAUACUGAUCAUCUACUGUGUGUCUUAUAUGGUGCAGAAGAGUCAGGUCUCUAUCAUCUAUUACACAAAUCUUCUCAUCACCAAUCUAAUCCAGAUCUGCAUAAUGACCCUUUGGGUGACAAGAGUGGAAAGCAUCAUCACCAUCAUUAUUUAUUACUGUGUUAUGAUGGCCAACCUUUACUUCAGGAUGUGCAUUGCUCUGGAAAGGUAUUUUUCCAUCACACACCCACUGCUGGACUGUGUCAGAAACACUAAGAGUUCUGUGGUGGUCUGUGUUCUGGUCUGGGCGUUUUGUAUUGUCAGUGUCACUCUUGCCAUAGUCUUACAUGAAUUUCAACGAUUACUUGUUUAUGCCGCUCUCCCUGCUCCUGUUUUCAUCUUAUGUUCAACUCAGUCCUGCAGAGCCCUGGCUCAGGCCACCUCUAUGUCCACUGAGGAAAAAAAUAGAAUUCUGGGAACUCUGACUCUGUCGUCCUUUAACUACUUUCUAGGAACCCUCCCCACAAUGAUCUUUCAUAUUCUAGUUAUGCAAAGUUAUGUUAACUGGAUUGUCUUUCUGCUUGUUCCUUUUGUGGAACUGAUUCUGUUUUUAUUCAUCUUCUCUGCAUGUGUGUGGUGUGUGGACAGCACUGCAUCAGAUGAAGAAUAUGAUGAUGAGUGUGGCUUACUUUAGAACAGACAGGAGUGUUGAUGAAAACAGAGUCAAGAGAGAGAAACAAGGAUGCAAAUGGUUGAAGAGUUUCUGCAAAAUGAGGCAAAAAACAUCCUUUACAAAUACUGUUGCAUGAGGACAUCAGACUGUCAGCCGUGCUUCUCUCAACUGAAGUGUGUCCGUAAAUAAUUUAAAAAUGUUUCAUAAUCUGCAUGAACGCUUAUUUUAUUCCAAUAUUAACCUUUUUUUUAAUUUCUCAUAUUGAUGUUAGUGCAGUGGUUCUCUAGGUGUGUGGCCAGAGUUCUGACAGAUGAGGUGCAACUCACCUGGCAGAUAAGUUACGCAGAACUAAUGUUUAACAUCAGAAUCACUUUGACAGCAUAACAAAGAAAUGGGCAGCAGUUACAUUAAUAAUAUGCCCAUCUGCUGCAACAGAUAGCCGCAAUAUAGAAGUGUACUGAAAGUGCAUGAUUGCGGAUGCCGCUCAGGUGUGUCCGCCUCCUCUGCAUCCGCACUGCAGACCACCAAGUUAUAUAUUUUUCAUCUCUGUUCACAAGUUUCUGGAUUUCUUUAUUUUUAAUAAGACUAAGACUGAACCUUAUUUUUCCAUGUUUGGCAAUCUUCAAAUUCUGUUUAACAUGUUACUUUUUAGAAGAAGUGGUGCAGACUAAUGAAGCAGUCUAGUGGCAAAAGUUACAAAUAGUUGUUUGAAAUGAAAGUUGUUUGUUUAAAACAAAAAUUACUGAAGGAUUCAUUGUGAAUGAGUUUAUUAUCUAAAUAAAGUUGUAGCUCGGCUUUUCUGUCAUUGUUUUGUUUAGAUGGGGCAUGAAAGUAUUUUUUUCCUGCCAUGUGGGGAAUGAUAUAAAAAGUUUUUUGCCUCAUCAUAUUUCUGUAGUCCUCACCUGUGAAAGGCUGACGGAGUAUGAUGAUGGUGGUGUGGACAGCUAAGCUUGUGAAGGAGACAACUCAAAAACGAGGUGACAUAUGAGCUUCAAAUUGAUACCACAUCAUAUCUAUUAAAAAUCUUGUAUAAGUUUAAAUCUGCAUAACCUCAAAUUCACUUUCAGAGGACAAGUUUUCUGAAAAUCUUGUGAAUGUCAUAACUCAAGAACAAGCUGACAUAGAAUUUUGCAAUUGUUGAGUCUCUCAUUCAUUUUAUAAGAGACUCUUUAAAGUUAACACAUUGUUUUUCUGGACUACAUUUGUGUUGCCCCAUAAUAACAUUUGCAUUUCUUCUGAUCUAUUGGCUGAUGGCAGCAGGUAUUACUAAAACGUUUGCAAUUUUUGCAUCUAUGCAGUGUAAAGCUGCAGCACAGGCAGAUGAACUAAAGCAAUGUCUAAGCAUGACAAAAUACACCAAGGGGCACAAAAUACAAGGAUGAUGAGCUUUG